GAAAGGGGAGAUUCCUUCUCCACUUCGGCCGUCUCUCCAGGGACCUGGUUCCUCGACUCACUCUCUGCCUGUGUGAGAUCGUAUUUUGGCGGGGAAGGGGUGGCGGGAUUUCCUGGUAUCUAUGCUCGUGUUUCUGUGGAUUGUAUGUGAUGUGAUAAUACGGGCGCAGUCGAUGCAAGGACAGGGGAGAAGCUGAGAUCUUUCCCACAUUAACACCGAGAUUAGCGCACAGUGGAUAAACGGCGCUGCUCUGCGAGAUCUUUCAUACCCGUGCCGAGCUGGUUCCUUCCUUUGAACUGCUGCCAAAAAUCCUUCUGAAGGAAACGAGGAAGGCAAAUGCACGUAUUAAUCUAUCUAUAUGUGUCUAUAUAUGCAUAUAGUAAGAGAGGGGGCGCCCAUCGCCAUUGAUAGACGCGAUCGGGACCCCUGACGAAAAGGAAGAAGCGAGAGGAAUGCACUGAACUCGGCGAGCUCAGUCCCUGGACCACAAGGCAGCGGUACCUCGCGACGUUCUGCGAGAGCCCAUCUCGGGGUAGAAAGGGAGCGAGCGAGAGACACCUCCAAUGCCAGCCUUCUGAUCCCCAGUCGCUACCGGUCGAGCUGUACGUCUUUUCCCCCCUACAGGAUGGAUCCUGCGCUCAGGACCUACCGAUCUGGACUAUUCGUCUGGGUUUUUUGGUGCUCCCUAGGCCGGCUUGGGAUGCUGAUUUUGCCGUGGGGCUGGUGUUCUCACUCGGCUCUAGCACUCAAGAACACGGGCACCAGGCUGGGAGCCUCCUCCGAACUGCCCAUCAUGGGGCUGAUGCCCUUUAACAAGACGCUGGCGGCGGAGAGCAUCUCAGAGGGCAUCUUACCUGCCGUCCAACUGGCCACAGAACACGUCCACAGCAAAUUCUUACCAAACACCAGCAAACUGGUCUUGGAGUGGUACGACUCCGAGUGUGAUAAUGCUAAAGGGCUCAAAGCCUUCUUUGAUGGUAUCAAAUUUGGACCUAAGCACUUGAUGAUCUUUGGUGGAGUGUGUCCUUCUAUUACGUCCAUCAUUGCUGAAUCAUUGAAAGAAUGGAAUCUGGUACAGCUUUCCUUUGCUGCAACUACACCAGUCCUAGCUGAUAAAAAGAAGUACCCCUAUUUCUUCCGAACAGUUCCGUCAGAUAACGCAGUCAAUCCUGCGGUCGUCAAGUUCCUCAAACAUUUUCAUUGGCGUAGGGUAGGAACCUUGACCCAGGAUGUACAACGUUUUUCUGAGGUGAGGAAUGAUUUAACCAGUGAAUUGGAGAAAGCAGAUAUUCAAAUUGCAGACACUGAGAGCUUCUCUAAUGAUCCUUGUAUGAGUGUCAGAAAGCUCAGGGAUAAUGAUGUGCGAAUUAUUCUCGGCCAGUUUGAUGAAAAGAUGGCAGCGAAGGUGUUUUGCUGUGCCUUUAAUGAAAAUAUGUUUGGAAUUAAAUAUCAAUGGAUAAUUCCAGGCUGGUACCAGACAAACUGGUGGAAAAUAGCUGCAUCGAUUAACUGUACUGUGAAAAAUCUGCUCGCUGCUAUGGAAGGAUAUGUAUCUGUAGAUUUUGAGCCACUAAGUACAAAAGCUAUCAAGACAAUAUCUGGGCAGACACCUCAACAAUAUGAACAAGACUAUAACAAAAUGAGAGGCGGUGCUGAAUAUAGUAAAUUUCAUGGAUUUGCGUAUGAUGGAAUCUGGGUAAUUGCCACAACAUUACAACGAGUGAUUGACUCUUCCGAAAGCCUGGGUCAUCCACACGCCAUCCCAAACUAUCCCAGCAAGAACCUUAGCCAAAUCUUUCUGGAUUCCAUGAAUGAAACCAACUUCUUUGGAGUAACUGGCCAAGUUGUGUUUAGAAAUGGAGAGCGAAUGGGAACCAUCAAAUUCUCACAGUUUCAAGAUGAAGUGGAAGUUAAAGUUGGAGAAUAUAAUGCUGUAGCAGACUCCCUGGAGCUUAUUAAUGACACUCUGAGGUUUCAAGGUGUUGAACCUCCGAAGGACAGGACCAUCAUCCAGCCACAACUGCGCAAGAUUUCCCUGCCACUCUACUGCAUUCUUUCUGCUCUAACCAUCGUGGGAAUGUUCAUGUCCAGUGCUUUCCUCUUCUUCAAUAUCAAAAAUCGAAAUCAAAAGUUGAUAAAGAUGUCCAGUCCCUACAUGAACAACCUUAUUAUUCUAGGGGGAAUGCUAUCUUAUGCAUCCAUCUUCCUCUUUGGCCUUGAUGGAUCGUUUGUUAAGCCCAACACAUUUGAGACUCUGUGUACAGUUCGAACUUGGAUUCUUACAGUUGGCUACACAACUGCAUUUGGAGCCAUGUUUGCAAAAACAUGGAGAGUUCACGCCAUAUUCAAGAACGUAAAGAUGAAGAAAAAAAUCAUCAAGGACCAGAAGCUGCUUAUCAUUGUUGGAGGGAUGCUGCUCAUCGAUCUCUGCAUCCUUAUUUGCUGGCAGGUUGUGGAUCCCCUGAAGCGGACUGUAGAAGACUAUCCUUUGGAGCUGGACCCUGCUGGGAGAGAUUUUUCAAUCCGACCAUUACUAGAGCACUGUGAAAAUGCCAACAUGAGUAUCUGGCUGGGCAUUGUAUAUGCAUAUAAAGGGCUCCUUAUGUUGUUUGGAUGUUUUCUUGCUUGGGAAACUCGGAAUGUGAGCAUCCCUGCCCUAAAUGACAGCAAGUACAUUGGUAUGAGUGUGUAUAAUGUGGGAAUCAUGUGCAUUAUAGGAGCUGCAGUUUCCUUCCUAACUCGAGACCAGCCAAAUGUCCAGUUCUGUAUUGUUGCUCUGGUCAUCAUUUUCUGCAGCACCAUCACUCUGUGCCUGGUGUUUGUGCCAAAGCUGAUUACGUUAAAAACAAACCCAGACGCGGCCACGCAAAACAGGCGAUUUCAGUUCACCCAGAAUCAGAAGAAAGAAGAUUCAAAAACAUCCACUUCUGUAACAAGCGUAAACCAGGCAAAUACCUCUCGACUUGAGGGAUUUCAGACUGAUAACCAUCGUCUGCGGAUGAAAAUCACAGAGCUUGACAAGGAGCUUGAGGAGGUUACCAUGCAGCUACAGGACACGCCUGAAAAGGCACAGUACGUUAAACAAAACCACAUUCAGGAGCUCAAUAACAUCCUGAGCAUACGGAAUUUCACAGAUGGAAAAGAUAGUGACAAGCCUCUAAUGAAAAACCAACAUGAUUCGCGAGCACAGGUUCCUUGGGGAACCACAUUGGAGUCUUCAAGAACAAACAAAGAUGUCAUAGAAGAUAUCAAUUCUCCAGAACAUAUACAGCGUAGACUGUCUUUGCAGCUACCCAUCCUUCAUCAUGCCUACUUGCCAUCAAUAGGUGGAGUUGACGCUAGUUGUGCCAGUCCGUGUGUGAGUCCCAGUGCCAGCCCUCGGCACAGACAUGUGCAGCCAUCAUUUCGAGUCAUGGUUUCCGGCCUGUAGAGAGGCUUUGUAGCCUGAACUGAUGAGUACUCAGCAUCGGGAUUGCGUACUCCACCUAGUUCUCUGCUACGUACACAACGCACACUCCCCUUUCCACAGAGGAAUGAGCAUUGGAAACAGACACUACUGGGCUCCUGAGCAAGGUUGUGUGGUCAUGGGGAGAUGUCCAGAAUCUGACCUGUAGCCUUAUCUGUGAAGUUUUUGUUUCUGCAUAAACUGGAUGUGCUUUCCUUCCCAGAAAGAGUGACAGGUUUUCUUAAGGAUGCAGGGAGUGAAAUUUUAUCAAAACUGAACAGUUGUUUUAUAAAUGCCACAAUCGUGAAGGGAGAAUAAUGAGCUGCUAUGCAAAAUUUGAUAUAUACUAAUGGUUCACACUUCAAACAAAAUUCAACUAUUAAAUUGAAAAAUUUAUUUGUAGCAUAAAAUAAAUACCACUACUUCUGCACACAAAUGCACAAAAGAAGCAACCUGUACUAGACCCCUAAAUAAAUUUUGCUAUGGAGAAUGAAGCUUUAUAAUCAAUAUGUCUGAUAUAGGAAUAUGUUUCUAGCAUAGAAACAUACAACUGAUUUUGGAAGACACAUUCAGAGGGAUUUUGAACAUGGUAAGUGAACAGUGUAGAAUUUAUCUUUUUACUAAUUUGAUAGUGAGAUUUGUGAGCUAAAAUGUUACUUCCCAAAUAUUUAAGUCUGAUGAAAAAUCUGUUAUCUCUUGCUUGCUAAUUGCUGAUUCUGGUUUUUGGUGCUCAUAUUUUUCAGUACUACAGACUGAAACUGGUGCGUGUUUACUAAAUUAGAAACUGAUGAACAUAAAUGCAGUCGAUUUCUGAAUGAGUAAAAGAAAUAGCAAGUGAUUAGUUUCCUUACUCUUUGAAAGCAAGAGAUAAACAGUUUUGAUGUGUACAUACUUAUUAUAUCCUUGGGCAAAGCGUUGCAUAUCACUGGUUGAAGGGCUUUCACAUGUGAACAAAUUGCCUCCAUUAUUUCCCCUUAACUGAUAUCAACAGUAAAUAUUCUUCUGUAUAUCAUGUUACCUGACAAGCAAUUAUUGUGCUGUUGUGACAAGGCGCACUUUUCAGCAGUGCAAAAGGAUAUGAAACAAAACCUACUUUGAAAUUGAACUUGAGGCCAAGGGUAUAAUAAGACAAAAAUGUUUGAGUGCAAAGUGAGCUGGUGUGUAACCCUGGAAUUUUCUUCAUGGUCAGCUGGCUAAUCGGUAUAUGUGAGAACUAUCAACGUGCUUAAAAGCUCUCCAAUUCAAACAACAGAAUUCCAUAUAAGAAGCUGAUAUGCAGAGUAUAUUCUCUCCACAUUGUAGAGAAACUGCAUCUGCCUACACCUACAGAGUUUAAGAGCCGAAAAAGAAAUAGCAAUGGCUUAGAGAUCUCCAAACGUGUGUCGGGGUAGUGCUGGUCUUCUACUGGAUAAGGCUGAGUAUUGGUCAGCUUUGUUGCUUGUCAGAUAUGAACUAUCUACUUACAGGGUUAUCCAGUAGCAAGCUCGAAGAAUCCCUACCCCUCUGAGAGCCGAUGGAGCUGAUGAACAAUUUACAGCAUUUUACAGUACUGUGGGCUACUGGCCCAGGUGUGCUCUGAGUAUGUUUCAAACGAUUGAUUCCUAGCUGCAUGUACAUUAACCUGGAGCCAAAAUGAAUCUGAUUAAAGUGCUUCCCAUGCCCUCUACAUGAAGAUUAGUUCCCAGUUGGGCUGAGUGAGGUUUUGAGCCACUGCUCACAGACUACUCCCAACAGAGUUCCUGUUGACUGGCAGAGUGAAGGAUCUAAAUAGAUCCGUAUUUCUCAACAGCUACCAUUGCAGUUAAUAGAUGUAUGUCAUUACUUAGAUUCUGAUCGUGUCCAAAAGCCCCACUGAAGCUUAAGUAUGCACUGUCCCAAGCCAGAUUUGUAUUCUGUCAAGGUUGCACAAUCCCAUGUUCAUCAAUGUCAAAGGAGCAUGCUUAGUGCACUGAUAAACACAUCCUAAUAAGCUUUUAGUUAACAUUGUGAAGAAAUGCUGUUUUCUGGUAUUCUGAAUGGUAACACUGGCUAUUAACGUAUUUCCCUGCCUCCUUAAUUCAACUAAUAACCAGGUUUAUUUUUGAAGACAGUUCAUCAUAUGGAGGGAGGACUGAAUACUGUAUAUAAUGUAUACACAAGUUCUCUAUAGAAAUAUUAUUCUUAAUAUAGCAGGAAACAAACUAAAGUAUUGGGGUGUUGGAGGUGAGCGUGUAUAUCUGUGACUGUCUGUGAAUACUGACUGUGUGCAAUUUAUUAGGUUUAAACCAUGCAGUACAUUUCCGUCUUAAUGAUUAUGUAGUUUUUUCCCAUAAGGAAACAUUUUUAAUUUCCUGCUAAUAUCAAAGACCCACAAAGUAAUAUAGUUAUUUAAUGUUUCUGUUCUUUUAUACAGCAGCAAAAAAGGGUAGAUUUAUGGAAAGGUGAUGCCUCUGAUGGCAUUCCCCAAAUCAUAUUAGUGCACAAAUGCUUUAAGUAAGAACUGCCAGGGCAGCCUGGAACUGGACAGAAGGUUUCUUGUACCCUUAUACUGCAUGAAUAAAUUUUUAAUAAAAUGUUGCAAAUCUGUU